AUGGAUAGCCUUUAUCAAGAGACAAAUCGGUAGGUACUUAGUGACCUGUCUUUUAAAAAAAUGAGCUAAAGAAUUUCCUGUUCUUUGCGCGGGUUUAAUCGCCUGCCAAAUUAUUUGUCUGCCAAACUGUUGUUAAUUUGAAACUCGACAAUAUUGUUUUUAGAGUAUCUUUAUUCUUUGCUGAAAUAUCUAGAAUCGUACGAUUUCCGUGCAGCACCAGACAUGUAUUAUGCGUGCAGCGCGCAAUCUUUUAAUAUUUAACACCAACAGUGUAAAACUAAGAGUAAAAACGGCCGACCAGAUAGCAUGAUAAAAGUAUGAGGUUGGACGGAAAUCUUACCUUAGAAACUCGUGACCUUCUUUCUAGAAUCAAGGAAUUGUCAUGCUUGAACGUUUUGAGAUUCUUAUAUUAUAAAGACAGUUCUGUGGGACUUGCUGUCUUGGUUUUUUGAUAGCUGCUUGGGAGUCUUGCAGUCUCAUCAAGGCUGUGAGGGGGUCUCAAGUCCCAAAUUGAUGGUUGUUUGCAUAAAUGUCUGGCUUCUCCACAAUGUCACCAGAACUCUAGUGACAUUGAAAGAAGACUUUUCUGUAAAUAAAUGUUGGAAUUUGAUUGGUGGCAGGGAUCCAUAUUUCCAAUCGUCUGGUCAUCCCAGACAACUACAAUCUGGUAUGGACAAUUAAGAUAAAUUUCAAAAGUGGCCUUUCGGAUGAGUGAGGUUUUGCUUAACCACAAAAUCUUUUCAAAAAUUCUUAUAUGAUUUAUAAAUUUUCCCUGUGUUUUGAUUACUUCUCUGAUCCACUUAAAGCUUUUAGAAUAAUGGAAAACAGCAAACAACUUUUGUCUGCAAUGAUAUCGUAAGUUUGGGCACCAUCUUUGAUGGUGCAGUAUUUUCUACGAAAUGAUCACAGGCUCAGUUUUUUGUGAAGUCCUGCAUUCAGAGGCCAUUCGUAGAAAACGUGACAGCACUCAUCAAGAUGUGACGUUUACAAGGUGUUUCGUCACCUUUGGCAGAAAAAAAUGUGAAGCAGAAGCCAGUGCCUGAUACGCAUCAAGAUGUGACAUUUUUCAAAAGACAUUUCACUGCCUUUGACGGAAAAAAAAGGUGACCCAGGAGCUGCUACCUUAUACGGGGGGAAACGUAUUAAAGCGUACCGUCUUGCCUUCGUGGCAAAGUGACCGACCGUGGCUACUUGUAAAAUGUAAAUAAACUGUGUUUAGCUUAGGUCUGUAGCCUGUUGUACUUAACAGCUUAGUUAAAACCCUUUCUUAGUAACCAUAACAGAAUAAAUUGCUAAUCAGAAAUGUUCAAGUUCCACACAAUUUUUUCACCUUUCUUUUAUAUAAUUCUGCAAUUUUUUCCGGGCAACCCAAAUUGUAACCGGGCAAGUAUACCAUCAGGCUUACUUGCCUGGCUGAUGACUCUGAGAAAAAAUGAAUAUGGAUCCCUGUGGUGGUAUAAGUAGAUAGUAGUAAAAUUGUUCUUUCUUCUUCAAGGCUGAUUGUCGGAGUUCAGGGACUACUAAGCAAGUUAAGCACCACUCAUCCUGAUUCAUUACAUGGUAAGAACAAAGUGCUGUCCAUUUUACCAGCCUGCUGGCCAGUUCAAAUAUCAUGCCUUCCAUGAGCUGCACCAUAUUGAAUAAAAUUUGACUGGAUAAGAAUGACUAAUUUAAACAGAUUGUACAUUCAUCUGGCUGAAUAAUGAGAAAUAUUUGCAUUAUUUUUAUUGAAUAAUUAUUAUUUAAUUAAGUUCAGGACAUGAGAAGAUGGCUGUAGUUAGUAAGAGUGUCACAUAAUGCAAAUAUAGUCUCUUACCAAACUCAGAGAUACCAGCCUCUGGAGAUCUAAAAUAUGGAGAGUCUCUCUCUUUUGCAUUACUCCCCCACCCCACCCCACUGAUAAACACAAUUGACCAAGCUCCCAAAUAAAAGCAUGGGUGUGACUUAGGACAUUAUAUGAAGUCUUACAUGAAGGACAUAUCAUCAAAAUUCACUAGACAAAAUAAAGAUAUUUUUGUCAGUGACAAAAUACAUGCAAAAUGUACCAUGUACCAUGAAUCAAAGAAAUUUUGGGGAAAAGCUCAGAAGAGAUUUGGUGACCUGUACGCAGGGGCGGAUCCAGGAUUUUUUUGAGGAGGGGUGCACUUGUCUCUUGCUCUACUUCAACACCAAUAAACCACAUAGAUUUUUUUUUUUUUGCAGAAUACCAGUUGUAUUAGAAAACUGCAGGCCGUAUCGGGGGGGUGCACACCUAGAUCCGCCCCUGGUAUGGGAGGUCAGGGGAUGGCUAUUGUAUCUGGGAGAGUUGGCAUAUAUGCAAGCUUAAACCAAACUACUGGUAGCCAUGCAUAAUUCAUCUCUUGCACCGUAGUCCCUGCACACAAGCAACUGUUUAUCUGGGCCUUACAUGGAACUAGAAUGUUAAACAGUUCUAUUCCUUCUCUGUUCCUAUGCAGCCAUUGAACAGGAAAUAGAGCACAACUUAGAGCAAGCUUCAGUUAACUGUGAUCGACUCACAAUUCUCAUAAACAAGGAACCGCCACAGAAAAAGCAAAGUGCUAGAAUGUAAGUUUAGCUGAUUUUUACAGUAAGUUAAUAUUUAAUUCCCAGUAUUCCAAAACAGAUAAAUUCUCCAUUUUCUUCAGAGGUUUUUCAGUCAGGGUAAGACAUUCAUUCUGAUUUUCUGUGGAGGAAAUAAUAAGCACUUCAUGACUGGUCCCUCAGGAAACAGUUGAUUUUGUUUCCCGAGAAUCUCAAUGUUUCCUGAGGUGAAGCCGAGAUUUGAGGGAAACAAAAUGAGCUGCUUCCCAAGGGACCAGUCUUUAAGUGAUUUGUUAUAUAGCUGGAAAUUUGUUAAACCUCGCUGUAAUGGCCGUCGUUGGUCAACAUUUACGGGUAACAGUGCACUGUUACCCUCUGAUGUCAUAGAUUUUGCAAUGUUGACCACUCUGAAAUUUUGGCGGGAAACUGUUUCAUUGUUAGGUGUCAUGUGAUGUCGAAGUAGCCCAUGAGAGCGUGCGCUAUUGGAAAAAAUUUCUAGCUAUACAACAAUACUAAAUAAAGUCCUUAUGGGAGUAGAUCAAUUGCACUUCAGUUGUGUUCUAAGGUUAUCUUAUUGUUUUAUACUUAAAUUAUUAUUUUAGUUUUGAUGAAAAAAGAAGUCUAAUAUGCAUGCCUUUAUUUUAGUUGUCAUUUAACUAUUCAAGGAAACCCAAAGAUUUUGUGUGUAAAGUUCUAAAAUUUGAAAAUAAAUACCAUUCCAAAGUAUUACUCCGUCAGAAGUUGAUUUGUCAGUGCUUGUGUUGUAGUACUCAAGAGAUUGCUUGCAUCUGUGAAGGCUGCUCAGUGGAUCUUUAUGGAUUUUUGCACUUUUUCUGUUGCAGAAAAGUAGACCAACUAACAUAUGACUUGAGACACUUGAAAACAGGCUUUAACAAUUAUAAGCAUCGGAAAAUGAUGAAGGUAACUUGAAGCUCUGUAUGAAAUUUAACACUAUCAGAUUGCUUUGGAAAACAAAACAAAACUUUUGUGGUCAUGUAGGGUAGGAAACUUUUAAAAUUGUUUUCAUGAAACUGUUAUUGGGUUUUUGUUUCCAAUUUUCAUAGCUUAAAACUGUGAUUUUCUUCUUGACAGGAGCAAGAAGAAAAAGAAAGAGAAGAACUUCUAAACCGAAGGUUUACUGCUAAUGUAAGUUUUGAGUAACAAUGCAAGACAGUUUAAAUCAACUCUCUUUCAAUGGACAUGCCUGUACGAAAUCCAUCAGGAAAUUGAGUAAUUUUAAUUGUCAGUGGAGGAAAACCUUGUACCAGUAUAAUUUCAAGCAUAUUGCUUUCUUUUUCACACUUUUCAAGGGCUAUAAAUGUAAUAAGUUGUAUGAAAUAACUCUGCAGAAAAGGUUAUUAUUGGCGCCCAAGAAAACAAACUUUAGAAGCCUCAAAUUUCACAAAAUGAAAUCUUACGCAUGAUGAGUUUACCUGUUUUUUCUCAAUUCUUGUGAAAUUUAAAAUUUAUUUUCUCAGGCUCUUGCAAGAAAUUGUCUUUGGUGUUAUUACAGAUAACUAAUUGCAUCUAUAACCCUUGAAAAGUGUAAAAAAGAAUGCGAUAUGGCUUGAAAUAUUCUGGUACAAGGUUUUUGUCCACUGAAAAUUAAAAUUACUCAAUUUCCAAAUGGAUUCCGCCUUUUUACUCUUAAUAUCUAAAAUGGACUCCUAGAAGAUUGAUCCCUGCCAUUCUUCAGUCAUUUUCUUUGACUCUGUAAAAGGUGGACACCUAUCUUGGAUGCACACUUGGUACUCAUUCCAACAUUUUGGGUUUUAGAGAGUGUCAGUUUUAAGAGGGAAAAUGUUGGGAAUCAAAGAAAAACUGCGGGGUUUGAUUUGGAUGUUCAACCAUAUGAUUGCAGGAUGUUAGAACUUUGUUAUGAGUGAAACAAUUAAACCAUGUUUUUGCUCCAUACCAAAAUCAUGACACUGGUAAUGGUGAUCAAGGGAAUAACUGUAUGAAGGUAUAAGGUUGUUUAAAAACUGAAAAUUGUGUGAAAAAUGCCCGGUGAUGGAACACCCAUAUGAAAGUGACAGGGAUGCUUGUUGGAGGAUAGGAUAAAAAACCCCUGAUUAACAACAACAACAACAAACGUUAUUAAUGAAUAUUACAGAAGCAUUGUCCACAGCUAGCAAGGCUAUUUGAGGUGGGACAAUGCAUGGAAAUUAUGAAAUUAAGACUAAGGCUUACUAAGGAAAGUUUAUAGUUUACAAAUAACUGAAAUAAAAAUAGUAAUAUGGAUGAGGACUAGAUAACACGAUAAAGAAGAAAGAAUUAAACAAAUAAAUUGUAAACGUAGAAACUAAUAAGCAAGAAUUUAUUUUUCGACAUUUUUGGCUAAUUUUACCUUUUUAAUUAUUAUUAUUAUUAUUAUUAUUAUUAUUAUUCUCAUCGUCAUCAUCAUUAUUAAACCCCUAUGCCCCUAAAAGAGCCCAAGCUCUUUGUAGCUCAAGCUCCUGUUGAUCCCUAAAAGAGGGAUACUAAACCAAGAAAUCAAUUUUUGGAAACAAUGAGUCAAGAGUCUGCAAUUUACACCCUUGAACAAAAUGAUGAGCAGCAGGUGCUCCCCACCCUUCAGGAAAAAUGCAGACAUUUCCAGACUGCUGUUCCUUUAUCAUUGAGUUUAGCCAUUGAACAAAACUUGCGUAAUGUUCACUGUAGUUUUUAAAUGACAUCAGGCAUGUUAAAAAUGUUACCUUGGGCUCUUGUUUUAAAAGAUGAAAUGUAACUGAAUUCUGUAUUAUUAUUGUGUGGCUGCGGAGUUUGGUACAUCUAAAACUGUGAUGACUCUUAAGCACAACUUGUUGAUGAUGUUCAUAGCGACAGCAAUACGUACAUUGAACAUAAUGACAAUGAUGAUGACUCUUGUGAGAUUUUGUUUUUUCAGAAUAGCGGUGAAACAUCCAUCAUGAUAGACCAUGCACUACAGCACAACACUUCACUUCAAAAUGCUGACAGAGGAAUCAGUGAUUUACUGAGCAGUGGAUCAAGUAUUUUAAAAAGUUUGAGAGAUCAGCGUGUGACAUUAAAAGUAUGCAGCCAACAAGUUUUUAAAAAACCACAAUAAUUGUAAUCCGUCUCAAUCUCCUUCAAGUUUGUCCAUCUGUGCUUCUAUUUGUAUUUGCUGUCUCAUUUGUACCUUCUUUUGUUGUUUUGAGUACAGUAGUUAUUUUUUAUGUUUCACUCAAUUUGGUGACGGUUUCCACUGUUUAAAUUUUUGAUAAAUUUUGUUACACAGCUCCUUCAGACUCCAACAGAGUACAGUGUCUAGUUUUGCCUGACUGUAUAACAGUUAUUGAAUUGCUUCAUCACUUGAGAGUGUUGAGGAAAUGAUCACCAUAGAUACCAUGUCUUGAUUUUGCAGUAUAGUACCAUAAUAAAUGUAUGGAGAUCAGUAUGGAGAAUGUCCUUUUAGAUAUUAUGUUUUUGAGGGUCAAGGGAUGCAAAGAUGAAAGUUGGUAGUGAUUCUGAAAUGUGAAAUACUCCGUGUUUCUUGAGUAUAUACAAGGCAGUUUGAAAGGAGAAUCUGGUAAUCUAUCACAAGUUGCUUGGGGCUUUUCUUCUAUGCAUCCUUUCAUCAUCAUUGAUAUUUCAUUAAUUGCUAAUCAAGCAAGGAGGUCUAAAGUCAUUCAUUAACAGUCCGACAAUUUUGAUGUAAAUUGUAGACUGGUAUCAUAAAUUUUUAAUGUAUUUUUACGUUUUGUCAACAGGGAGCUCAUAAGAGAAUUCUGGAUAUUGCUAGCACUCUGGGUCUUUCCAACACUGUUAUGAGAUUAAUCGACAAGAGAGCGACACAGGUACUGUGGUAACAUAAUUUUUAAUAGUAAUUAUUUAAAAAAUGCACAGUAGUUUGUUUGAUCUGACAAGUGAUAUGUCAUAAGUAGGUUGAUCCUUUUAUUUGUCAUUUAAUAAUAUUUAAUAAGAAUAAGAGCUUGAAGCUAGUGUUCUCUCACAGCCUGCUUCGCUUGCCAGAGCUUGUUUGCAGCUUAUACUGCUCCUUGAUCUUAUCUUAAGGUUGCUUUGAGCAAGAGUACAAUUCCUUUGUCUCUUCAUGUUUUCUUUGGUACUGCUUUGUUCUCUUGAACAAUUCCACUUUAAAGUAGCAAGAAAAUGAGGAAAACAAACUGCUGAUCGUUUUCUUCAAUUCUUUGUUUUCAGGACAAAUGGAUUGUGUUUGGUGGGAUGAUAGUAACAUGUAUAAUUAUAUUCUUUGUAGUCAAGUACCUCACGUGAUGACCAUGUUUAAAACUUAAGUUGCUAUGAACUCUCUCAGGGUCCAUUUAUUUGACCAUACAGUCAACUCUCUCUUAGACGGACACCUUUGGGAUCCACACCCUGAGUCCGUCUUAGAGAUAUGUCCGUCUUAUAGAGAGACAACUAAAAGAAGUAAAGAAAGGCAGGGACCAAUUACUGUAGGUGUCCGUUUUAGCGAGGUGUUCAUCUCAUAGAAGUGUCCAUUAAGUGAUCGAGAGUUGACUGUACAGUCAACUCCCUCUUAGAUGGACACCUUUGGCACCAGCACUAUUGAGUCCGUCUAAGAGAGAUGUCCGUCUUAUAGAGAGUCAACUAAAAGAAGUAAAGAAAGGCAGGGACCAACUCUUGGUGUCCAUUUUAGUGAGGUGUCUGUCUCAUAGAAGUGUCCAUUAAGCGAUCGAGAGUUGACUGUACAGUCAACUCCCUCUUAGAUGGCCACCUUUGGGACCGGCACUGUAUGUCUGUCUUAGCGAGAGUCAACUAAAAGGCGUGAAAAAAGGCAGGGACCAACUCUAGGUGGCCGGUUUAGAGAGGUGUCCAUCUCAUAGAGGUGUCUGUUUAGAGAGAAUUGACUGAAUGAUCAACUCUCUCUAAGAUGGACACCUUUGGCACCGACACUAGGUGUCCGUCUUAGAGAGAUGGGAAAAGGAGUAAAGAAAGGCAGAGACCAACUCUAGGUGGCCAUCUUAGCGAGGUGUCUGUUUUAUAGAGACAUCCGUUGAGAGCGAGUUGACUGUAUUCCAUUGAGAAAGAAAAAAAGAAAUAUCAGCAUACGGUGCUGAUUAAAUGUAACAUCUAGAGCUGAGCUGACAUGCGAUGUUUAUCUGCUUCUGUAAAGAAAAUAGUAAGAUUCUUAAGAAACACAAUUUUCAUGUUACUAGUUCCCUGAAGGACCAGUCAUUUACUGAUUUGUUUCAUGGCACAUGAAGACAAACUUUUACUUUUAUAAUAAUUUAUAGCCUGCGUGCGUACCCUUCUUUUUCGUUUCCUCCGAUCAGGGAGAGAGAUGUCUGUGUUGCUCUCGUGUUCUGGUUUCCCUGGAAUGUUGGGGAAAGCCUCUCUUCCCGGUUUUGUUUGAGCACAGGUAACCCAGGCUCACUGUUUGUGUCACGUACUGGUUUCAUAACAUGAGUAAAUAUAGAGAACAUAUGGGGCGAAGUUUAGGUCUGG